AUACAUUAUUCAUUCUUAUAUAUUUUCAGAUAAGUCCAGGAAAAGGCUAUGUUUCAAGACAUAAAAUGACCGUGCAUUAUAAUCUGGCAAUUGAAACUGUAGACUCGUGUCCACCUGUCAGCAUAGACUAUUCAUCUCUGUCAAGUCAGCCCUAUAAAGCACCAACAGUUUGUGGACAAAUUGGGAAAAGUAGAACCGAGACGGAAAGAAAACGUGAGCGAGGAACAAGAGAACCCGCAGACAUUAUCAUUGAAACAUUUAGUAUUGGAUCUGUAGAGAGUAAGGAGAUGAGUGUAUCUGGAGCUAGCGGAACUUCAUCUUUAUCCAGAAAAUCAUCAACAAGAUCCCUGCUUAGUCGUGAGAAUACUCCUGGUUGGACAAGCAAGGAAUUCCCUCCUCUGGUUACUAAGGACGAUGUAGCCGGAGCUAGCAAUGACGGAAGGACGGAUGUAAAAUCAAAAGAAUCAACUCCAUCGGAUAGAUCAAGGCAUAGGUCUACUAAAGACUCCUCCCCACUAGAACCUGACAGCAUCAAUUUUAUCUCCGGGAACCCGUUCGUUGAAGUCACCAAAGGGAUCAUUCAUCUUUUUAAAGAUGCUGUUCACAGAGAGUACGGUAGUACAGAGAUGAUGUGCAUGUACGGUAUACCGGCCAAACAUAAAACAUGUGAUCUCAUUCAGUUCACAGCACCCUGUCAUGCAGAUCUUGAGUACAUGAGAAUAAUACAUGAUGGAAGUCCUAAUCAGUACAUGGUUCUUCUUAAGUUCAGAUCAGGACAAGCAGCGAGUGAAUUCCACGCCGCGUACAAUGGUCUCCCUUACAACAACAUAGAAUCAGAUAUAUGCUCCGUGUUCCCUGUAUCCUGGGUAGAACAUUGCAAGGAGAGCGAAUACUAUCCUAAUUCUGAUACCGGUGUGGAGCUGCCCCACUGUACAAUAUGCUUGGAGAGGAUGGAUGAAAGCGUAUCAACUGUUCUUACAAUUCUCUGCAAUCACAAGUUUCAUUCUGGAUGUUUGGCACAGUGGGAGGAUCCUACCUGUCCUGUUUGCAGACAUGUUCAAACACCUGAGGUGAGUACAGAACAGCUUUGCUCAGAUUGUCAGUCAUCCACUGAUCUAUGGAUCUGUCUCGUGUGUGGAUAUGUAGGUUGUGGAAGAUACGCUGGGGGACACGCCCAUCAACAUUUCCUGGACACCCAGCACUGUUACAGCAUGGAGCUCGGGCACAACAGGGUCUGGGACUACGUUGGGGACAACUUCGUUCACAGAUUGGUUCAGAAUACUAGUGAUGGUAAACUGGUAGAACAGGAGGGAGGGGGAGAAGGUGGGAAGCGUAGUAGUGUUGGAGGAGUUCAUGUUGAUUCAGACGAGAAGAUGGAUAGUUUACAGAUGGAGUACACAUACCUUCUCACAUCACAGUUGGAGUCUCAGAGAGAUUAUUUUGAGAGUAAGCUGGCUCGGAUGGAGGAGGAGGCCGGGAGGGAGAUGAUGGAGGUCACCAGCAGGGCUAAACUAGCACACCAGGAGAAGGUUAAAAUGCAAUCAGAACUAGAAGUGUUAACUCGAGAGAGGAUAAAGUUUGAAACCAAGAUUGCCCAGAUGAGUUCUAAACUCUCCAAACUAAACUCUCUGCUGGAGGAGGAGAAACAGCUGAAUAGAAGUCUAGCUCAAAACCAGGAGGAUUGGCAGAAAAGAUUGCGAGCUACCGAGAUAGAGAUGAAUUUGCUUCGAGUACAGAAGGAUGACGAGGUUAAGGAACUCAAAGAGCAGGUUCGAGAUCUGAUGUUCUUCCUUCAAGCCCAGGAUAAGAUAAAGGAGUCUCCUAUGCGAAGUGAGCUUGAGGCCGGAAGUAUAGUUGUGAGUGAACCUGGCGAGGUCGCCGAGGCCGGGGGAAAUAAUACCCCCAGGAAACCUGGCAAAGGGAAUAGAAAACGAAAGAGUUAAAUAUUCACUUUUUAAAAGUUUAAGAUAUUUAUUUACUUUUAUGUUUAAAAGUGAUAGGUACUGAAGACGCAUUUUCAAGUGAUCCUUCAUUUGUAGAGUGAAAUGUUCCAUUCACAACGGUACCCUCUAAACCUUUGUUCAAUUAAGGCUGAGUAAGAUAUCCAAUUUUUUUCUUUCGGAAAAUUGAUUGUUAAUAACUGUGGUUUCUCAAUAAAAGUGCUUUGCAGAUCUAUGCUACAGAGACUUUACAGGAAAGAGUUAAACGUCAACACGUGUUAAGAUUGAAAUCAACGAUAUUGUUACCCAGAUAAAAGUUGUAAGGAUACCAUUGUGAAUCGGGCAUGCCACUCUCUUUAAAUGAAGAAUAAAUUGAAAUUACUUCUUCAGUCCCUUAACGUGACACAUCUGAGCUCGCGAUUUAAAAA